CCCCCAUAGUGGUGGCGGCCAUUGCUGCCCCUCAACUCCAUUGAUUUGAUCGUUUGCGUGAGGGCGACUAACACAAUAUUCUAGGACGCCCUUCGCGUUUUAAAACAACAACAACAGCAGCAGCAGAAUGUUCGCGAGACUUGCGGGCAGCACGUAAAUCCCGCGGCGGCGGCGUCAGCAAGGCCGACGACGAUGUCGGACUCGGACGGCGACGACGACGGGGGCAGUGACGGUCUCCGCUCCUUCUCCCUCGCUGGCUUCCUCUUCGGCAACAUCGGCGAGGAUGGCGAGCUGGAGGACGACUCCAUCCUCGACAAGGAGAGCAAGAAGCACCUGGCUGGACUGGGAGCGCUGGGUCUGGGCUCCCUGAUCCAGGAGAUCACGCAAAGCAACGAGGAGGACGAGGAGGACGAGGAGGAGCGGCACAACGAGGACGACGAUGGAGAGGACGACGGAGAGGACGAGGAUGGCAACGGCGACACCACGGACGGCUGGGUGGCGAGCGGCCCGGACGCGGUGGACUACGCCGACAUCACCGAGGUCGCGGACGACGACGGUGAUGGUGACGGCGACGAUGGCGACGAGGAGGCGGCUCGGUCCCGGAGCGGCAUGGCCACGCUGAGACCGGAGCCUCGCGACGACGACGAUGACGAUGACUACGAUGCCGAUGGUGAUGACAUCGACUCCAAACUGAUGCCUCCACCUCCUCCACCUCCUCCGCUCGUCCGUGGACUCGAUGGGACGACGGAGGGGGCCCCAGGGGACCCACAGGGAUCAGAGGGGUCUGCGGCGGACGACGCCGGCGGCGCCGCCGCCUCGUCCGACGAGUCGGCUUCGGCCUCCUCCUCUGGCGGCGUUCCCGGGGGCCUCAUCCUGCCGUCCAUCAUCGCCCGCCCCGCCACCGCCUCCUCCUCCUCCUCCUCCUCCUCCUCCGACCUUGACACCGACUCCGCGUCCGGCUCGGAAGGAGCCGAGACGGCCGGCGGCGGCGCCGGCGGCGGCGGCGGCACCGGCGGUGGCGGCACCGGCGCUGGUGGAGCCGACGGGAUCUCCUCUUCGUCGUCGUCGGGGGAGGACAAGGCGCUCACCCUCCCGCUGGCCGGCCUCGUCCGGAAGGACGACUCGAGGAACAUGCCCAGCGUCACCGAGCUCUUCCCAGAAUUUCGCCCGGGAAAGGUGCUGCGUUUCCUGCGCCUCUUCGGCCCCGGGCGCAACAUCCCGUCGGUGUGGCGCAGCGCCCGUCGCAAGCGCAAGAGGCGCCACCAGCAGCAGCCGGCGCCACCGCAGCCGCAGCAGCAGCAGCAGCAGCAGGGGCAGCAGGGGCAGCAGCAGGGGCAGCAGCAGGGGGGCGCGGCGGACGACGCGGGGGGGGCCGGGGCGGGCGAGGAGGAGGAGGAGGGGAAGUCCGGCUGGGCCUUCUACCAGAACCCCGCGCCCGCCAGUGCGGAGCAGUGCCUGUCGGACGACGAGAUGACGAUGAUCGCCCCCGUGGAGGGAGGGGGCUCGUCGCUGGGCUCGCGAGGCCCCGGCGGGCCCCAGAGCGAGCCCCGCGUGGCCGCUUGGCGCUACGGCCCGGCGAGCCUCUGGUACGACAUGCUCGGCGUGCCGCCCCACGGCCUGGGCUUCGACUACGGCUUCCGCCUGCGGGCGCACGGCCCCUCGGCCGCUGGGGGCGCCGGUGGCGCCGCCGCCGCCGCCGCCGCCGCCGGCGGUGACCAAGGUGACCGUCUCCGCCUCGCAGCGUCCGCCUCGUGUGAUAGUCGCCGACGUCGCCGCCGAAGAGCCGGGAGUCGGCGUCGCUCCGUCGGCCGCCGCCCCGGCAACAGCCGCCCCCCUCCCAGCGGCGACGGCCUCGUCGUCGUCCUCCUCCUCGUCGUCCUCGUCCUCCUCCUCCUCGUCCUCCUCCUCCUCCUCCUCGUCGUCCACCUGCUCGCCCGCCGAGGCGGCCGCGAGAGCCGACGAGGCCGCCCCCCGGCGGGGCCGACGGCCGGCGGCGGCGACGAGCGGGGAGCGACGGCGGCCAAGAAGAGGGCGGCGGCCCUCCUCGCCGAGGUCCCCUUCCCAACCGACGAGCACUUUCUGAUGGUGGCGCAGCUGCCGUGGGAGGAGGACAUCGUGUGGAACGGCGAGGACAUCCGGCACCGCGCGCCCAAGUCACAGCGCGUCAGCCACGCCGGAUGGCUGCCCACGAGCGUCACCAGGAACGCCAUGGCCUACAACGCUCAGCAGGGCCUCAACCGGAGCAACAGCUGGCUGUCGUGCUCCGCUGUGCCCCCCACGCCGCCAAAGCCGGGGCCCCCCACCGCCUCGGGAGCCGGCAAGAUGGGCAAGGAGAAGCAGCCGGGACAGCAGCAGCAGCAGCAGCCCACGGCAGAGGGCGCCGAGGAGGAGCACAAGACGUGGUACUCCAUCUUCCCCGUGGACAACGAGGAGCUGGUGUAUGGCCGCUGGGAGGACUCCAUCAUCUGGGACGACCAGAUGAUGGAGUCCAUUCCCUCGCCUCCCGUGCUCACCCUCGACCCCAACGACGAGAACAUCACGCUGGAACUGGCCGAGGAGAGUGAGAACACUCCGCCCAGCUCCCCCAGCAAGGAGUCCAAGAAAGAGCCUCCGCUCAGGCGCAGCAAACUGCUCCUGGGCAAGGCCGGCACCUCCAAGGAUGAUGCCCAGCAGCGGCUGAGCCAGGGUUCGACACGGGAUCCCUGGAACCUCUCCAACGACGAGUUCUACCACCCCAAGCAGACGAGCGUCCGCGGAACCUUCGGUGGCAACAUCAUCCAGCACUCGAUCCCCGCGGUGGAGCUUCGCCAGCCGUUCUUCCCCACCCACAUGGGGCCCAUGCGGCUGCGAGUUCUGCACCGGCCGGCGCUCAAGCGCUACUCCCACGGCGCCCUGGCACAGCCGGGCCCACACCCCGUGCACCCGCUGCUCAAGCACAUCCGCAAGAAGGCGAAGAUGAGGGAGCAGGAGCGGCAGGCGUCUGGCGGGGGGGAGAUGUUCUUCAUGAGGACCCCGCAGGACCUGACGGGCAAGGACGGGGACCUAGUGCUGGCGGAGCACAGUGAGGAGUACCCCCCUUUGCUGGCACAGGUGGGCAUGGCCACCAAGAUCAAGAACUACUACAAGCGGAAACCCGGCAAGGACACGGGGGCGCCGGACUGCGACUACGGAGAGACGGUCUACGCUCACUCGUCGCCCUUCCUCGGCUCGCUGCAUCCCGGGCAGUGCCUGCAGGCGUUUGAGAGCAACUUGUACCGGGCCCCCAUCUACCCGCACACGAUGGCGGCCACCGACUUCCUGGUGAUCCGCACGCGCCAGGGCUACCACGUGCGGGAGGUGUCCCACAUCUUCGUCGUGGGACAACACUGUCCCUUGUUCGAGGUGCCCGGCCCCAACAGCAAGAGAGCGAACAUCCACAUCCGGGACUUCCUGCAGGUGUUCAUCUACCGCCUCUUCUGGAAGAGCAAGGAUCGUCCGCGCCGAAUCCGCAUGGAGGACAUCAAGAAAGCGUUCCCCUCACACUCGGAGAGCUCCAUCCGCAAGCGCCUCAAACUCUGCGCAGACUUCAAACGUACCGGCCUGGACUCGAACUGGUGGGUCAUCAAGCACGAGUUCCGGCUUCCCACGGAGGAGGAGAUCCGUGCCGUGGUGUCCCCUGAGCAGUGCUGCGCCUACUACAGCAUGCUGGCCGCAGAGCAGCGCCUCAAGGACGCUGGCUACGGAGAGAAGUCUCUGUUCGCCCCCGAGGAUGAGAACGAGGAGGAGUUCCAGAUGAAGAUUGAUGACGAGGUACGCACGGCACCGUGGAACACGACCCGUGCCUUCAUCGCGGCCAUGAAGGGCAAGUGUCUGCUGGACGUCACCGGGGUUGCCGACCCCACGGGCUGCGGGGAGGGCUUCUCCUACGUCAAGAUCCCCAACAAGCCCACGCAGCAGAAGGACGACAGCGCCCCCUCGUCAGCCAAGAAGACGGUGACCGGCACGGACGCCGACCUGCGGCGCCUCUCCCUCAAGAACGCCAAACAGCUGUUGCGCAAGUUCGGGGUCAUGGAGGACGAGAUCAAGAAGCUGUCUCGCUGGGAAGUCAUCGACGUCGUCCGCACCAUGUCCACUGAGCAGGCGCGCUCCGGCGAGGGCCCCAUGUCCAAGUUUGCCCGCGGGUCGCGCUUCUCCGUAGCCGAGCACCAGGAGCGCUACAAGGAGGAGUGCCAGCGGAUCUUCGACCUGCAGAACAAGGUGCUCUCGUCGACGGAGGUGCUGUCGACGGACGACGAGAGCAGCUCGGGCGAGGACAGCGACUUUGAGGAGAUGGGCAAGUCGCUGGAGAGCAUGCUGCAGCAGCAGCGCGGCAAGCACUCGCUGCAGCAGCUGUGCCGUGAGCGCGAGGAGCACGAGCGGCACGAGCUGCACCGCAUGAUGAUGAUGGCGGGGCCGCGGCCGCGGCCGCGGCCGCGGCGGCGGCGGCAGCGAGGGGACGAUGACGGCGGCGGCGGCGACGACGACGGUGGAGGUGGGCAGCACCGCGGCGGCGGCGACGACGACGCGCCUCGGUGGCGUCCAUGACCCUCGAGCGCCGCCGGGCGCCGGCUGAAGAUCUACCGCACGUUCCGUGACGAGGAGGGGAAGGAGUACGUCCGCUGUGAGACGGUGCGCAAGGCGGCCGUCAUCGACGCAUACGCACGAAUACGCUCCACCAAGGACGACGACUUCAUUAAGAAGUUUGCGCUCUACGAUGAGCAGCACAGGGAGGAGAUGAGGAGAGAGCGCCGGAGGAUUCAGGAGCAGCUGCGGAGAUUGAAGCGUAACCAGGAGCGUGAGCGAACACGCGCUCCGCCUGAGAAGAAGCCCAAGAAAGUGAAGGAGCGACCGGAUCUCAAGCUGAAGUGUGGUGCGUGUGGCGCCAUCGGCCACAUGCGCACCAACAAGUGCUGCCCCCUGUACUACCAGACCAACGCGCCCCCCUCCAACCCCGUCGCCAUGACGGAGGAGCAGGAGGAGGAGCUGGAGCGCACCGUCAUCGCCAACGACAACGAGGAGCUCAUCAAGGUGGAGGGGACCAAGAUCGUGCUGGGCAAGCAGCUCAUAGAGAGUGCGGACGAGGUACGGCGUCUCUCGCUCGUGCUCAAGUUCCCCAAGCCGCCCGUUCCACAGAAGAAGAAGAAACGGACUCCAUCCACUCUGCACUGCGACUACCUCAACCGCCCCAACAAGUCGAUCCACCGGCGACGCACGGACCCCAUGGUGACUCUCUCCACCGUGCUGGAGGGCAUCCUCAACGACCUCCGUGACCUUCCCAACACGUACCCGUUCCACUCGCCGGUGAGCGCCAAGCAGGUGAAGGACUACUACCGCGUGGUCACGCGGCCGAUGGACCUGCAGACCAUGCGCGAGCACCUCCGUGGCCGCGCCAUACCAUCACGUGACGAGUUCCGCGAACACGUGGAGGCCGUGGUGAAGAACAGCGCCACGUACAACGGUAGCCUCGGCUAGCCUGGUGGGACUCCUGGGCUAGGGUGGUGGGACUCCUCGACUAGCGUGGUGGGACUUCCUUGACUAGCGUGGUGGGACUCCUCGACUAGCGUGGUGGGACUCCUUGACUAGCCUGGGUCAUCUUGACUAGCGUGGUGGGACUCCUUGACUAGCGUGGUGGGACAGCUUGACUAGCCUGGUGUCACCUUGGCUAGCCUGGUGGGACUCCUUGGCUAUCGUGGUGGGACUCCUUGACUAGCCUGUGUGGACCCUUGGCUAUCGUGGUGGGACUCCUCGGCUAGCCUGGUGGGACUCCUUGACUAGCGUGGUGGUGUCCACCUUGACUAGCGUGGUGGGACUCCUCGCUAGCCUGGUGGGACUCCUCGACUAGCGUGGUGGGGACUCCUUGGCUAGCCUGGUGGGACUCCUUGACUAUCGUGGUGGGACUUCCUCGACUAGCCUGGUGUCAUCUUGACUUAGCGUGGUGGGACUCCUUGACUAGCGUGGUGGGACACCUUGACUAGCGUGGUGGGACUCCGUGACUAGCCUGGUGGGACUCCUUGACUAGCGUGGUGUCGUCUUGACUAGCCUGGGGUCAUCUUAGAAUAGCGUGGUGGUACUCCUUGACUAGCGUGAUGGGACUUCUUGACUAGCGUGAUGGGACUCCUUGACGAGCAUGAUGGGACUCCUUGACUAGCGUGAUGGGACUCCUUGACUAGCGCGGUGUCGUCUUGACUAGCCUGACUAGCCUGGUGUCAACUCGACUAACGUGGUGGGACUCCUUGACUAUUUGUGGUGGGACUCCUUGACUAGCGUGGUGGACAGCUUGACUAUCCUGGUGUCACCUUAACUAGCGUGGUGUUACCUUGACUAGCCUGGGUCACCUUGACUACCCUGACCCACUUGACCAUCUUGACUACCUUGACCACCUUGACUACCCUGACCACCUUGACCACCCUGACCAACCUUGAUCACCUUGACUAACUUGACUAACUUGACU